CGAUCGAGUUAAGGCUCGAUUUCGUGACCAUGAAAGUCCUCUAUAUGUGCUGAUGAACCACUGAUAAUUUAAAUUUAGAGUGGAGGAAGUGGACUGCGACUGGUGGUUGCAGUUGUCGCCCAAAAAAGACUGUUGCUGUAGUUCCUCUAACACUCGAAGACAUGUCACAGGGUGUUGUGUGGAAGCAGCUGGGCCCACUGAAGUGGCUGCCGCUGAUGAAUUCCUUGCCUCCGUGCCCAAGCCAGUUAAGAUUAGACUAGUAAGUUGUUGGUAGGACCGACUAGAAACUUUUUUAACUUCUUCUAUUAAUCAUAAUCGUCAGGGCAAUGGAACAUCAUCAUCUUGAUCUUAGGCACUGGGACUGGGUAGUUGUCGAAUACGGUUUGAAUACGGUUUCUUCAAGACAUCAUCGAAGCUGCUGUGGUAGUCCAUGAUUCAUCGUAUAGAAUGAGAUCUCUUUGGUACAUAGUCUUUGGUACACAGUUCACGGUGGAUGCAUUAGCAACAUUACGUGUAAGUAUAGUAUAAGUAUUGAUAGAAUUGUUCUACUCUAACCCAAAUCGAGGACGGGACCAAAAGAUACGCGGAGUUCAAGCAGCAUUGCACGCCUUUCAGAGUGGAGGAUAUCCGCAGCUCGUUGGCAAAGGCAGCUGGUGGAGCUGGUGGCGGUGCAACUCCUACGCAUGCUAGAAGUUUCCUAGAGAAGGAAACCUCAGACGCUGGCUUAGAAGUAGAGGACCACGACCAGCAAGAGAACGUUGAGGAGCAAUCUCAAGAUAGUACUAGAAGUAGUUUUACUAUCAAGGCAUCUAGCUCAUCUUCGAGUGCCAGUGGUGGUGGUCACAACAGCAAUACGGGGAGCAAAUUGGAGGAUGUGCUCGCGGAGGCUUUUGCCUUCACCAAUGACCAAGCAGCGCUCCAACGAAACUCCUUAAACAACUUACACGACGAAGACAAGGAGGAAUCCCCUUCUUCAUUUAAGAAUCAUUGGCUUGUUUUGGUGUUUCUGAUGUUACAACCGACGUAGUUGGCAUAUCAAUUUGCCAUUUGUUAUGCCUUUCUUAACUGUAGGAAAGGCAUAGCUUGUAAUAAACUAACGGCAAGAUGAUUGAACGGGCGGGUACUUAUUUUUAAGGAAACUACACGUACACCAAAGCCCUACGACGACCUCUAAUCCAUGGCUCGACUUGAUUACUUCCCACGCUUCCUCAGCAAUAGAUGCUGUACUGGAGACACUGCUGCAGGUGCCUCCAGGCAAUGGAAUGGAAGCAGUAGUGACGCCAAGUAGUCCAACGAUGCACCAGAGGAAUCUACAUAGGAGACCACAACUUAAGGGUUGGAAGUUGACCUAUCAUCUAAGAGCAUCUCUACAGCUUCUUCAAGCAGGAAAGCCACAGAUAUGCGACCUACUAGAGGAGGGGCAACUUUCAACCCCUAAACAACAGGAGAGGGACGAGAGCGUGAUAAUGGUGGCCAACAUCAGUACUUCGGCGGAGGUCGCUGCAACAAGUUAAGGGCGGAUGAAUUUUGAUUCAAGAGUAGAACUGACACAACCGGGUCGUUCGCUUUCCAGUGGAAAUAAACAAUGUCGAAUUUUUACUAGACAAAUCCAACUAAGUAGACGAGACACUAGAACAACACAGCGCAUAGUCACAGAAGAACUUCAAUAUUUUCUGAUGAAAUCAUAUGUCUAGUAAGUACAUCAAAUCUGGACCAAGUAGACAAUGUCUACAUCGAGCUCUUCUAAUUAAUUUUCAUGGACAUCUCCACGCAGAGAGAGGUCUACAUCGAGCUCUUCUAAUCAAUUUUCAUGGACAUCUCCACGCAGAGAGAGGGA